AGUAAGCAUGCUGUCACUAUUUGACCCAAGUUGGCAGCCUGUUUUUGUGUUUUCGAAACUUUACGUGCUUUUUUCCGGUUGUGCGAUUCGUUUUACUUGUGAAAAAAUUUAAUUAAACCUGAAAAAGUGUAUAAAAUGGAUAUUAAUGAAAUAAAUGUGAUCGAGGAGCCGUCUGGCGAAGUGCCUAUGGAAAUCGCCGAGGUACUGGUGGAGCAGCCGAGAAUUGGCAAGUUGUCACUGUUGCAAUCUGUGCUGCACAGUACUGUAAAGCAUGAGGACCUGGUCCGCGAGUGGCUUGAGCAAUAUAUGAAGGAUCCGGAUGCCGCUCUAGUCGACAUAUUGCAAUUUGUGGUGGAGGCCAGUGGCAGUGAGUAUCGGAUUCCUAAGGCCACCGCGCGACCCUUCGUCUACAGGGACAUCCUGAAAGCGAGCACAGAACAAUUUCGCGCAGUGAGCAAUUAUUAUCCAAUGAUACUGAAGAACAGUUCCCAGAACUUUGAGCGUAAGGUCGGAGAUUUUGUCAAGAGUCUGCUGACGAUGGCGCAUGAUACAUCCAUUAUAUCCGAUCAGAUUUUCCUCGUUGAGGUGUCGGGCUUUGUGAUGGCCUGCUCCGAGUCCAAUAUUCGCCCAAUUCGCCACACCAGCACCAUGUUAGGCCUAAAAAUGCUGACCGCUAUGAAUGAAUUUCCCACUGUGAUGGAGAAAGAUGAAGAACUGAAGAAGCUCUGGCUGCGCAUGUUCGAUUGUAUGUUUGUGGCCCGUCACCUGGAUGUGGUCACCGGAAUAAGGCUACUGUGCUUCACCGAACUUGGUCGCUGGAUGAGGAAACAUCCCGAGGGGAAUCUGGAGCCCAAAAAUCUUCGCUACUUCUAUGAGGGCCUAAAGGACAGCCUCCCAGGUGUGAGGAAGUGCUGCUUGGAGUGCAUCCAAGAUCUGACGGAUGGCGAAGGAGAACUCAGCGCAAAGUGCCUGGAAUUAGCCAUGGAGUACCGCGACCUGAUCGUACUCACUUGCAUGGAGCGGGAGUGUGAACUGGGGGAGCAUGCGUUGCGCUUAUUGACCGGAUUGUAUCGGGCUUCGCCUAAAAUCUUGACUAACGUAGAUUGCCGGCUGCUGGAUCAACUGAUGUUUGCCGCCAGUCGCAGCCUGGCGCAUGCGGCCGCAGGACUCUUCACGCUGCGCUGGAUGAUUCCUCAGAGGGGAGCCUCUUCCUCCCAGAUACUCAAACGCCUGCUGGAUUUCUUCAUUCGGUACACCAGGCAUGAGCAUGCUGCCUAUUUGGUGGAUUCCCUGAUCGAUAGCUGUGACCUGAUUAUGGACUGGAAGACCAUGGUCGACAUGCUAAUGGAGGACGAGGUGGAGUCGAGGCUGAAUUCAACUGAGAGAUCGGCUCUCAUUGAGAUCCUUUGUCGGGGUGUUAAGCAGGCCAUUACCGGUGAGAUACCGCCGGGCAGAUACACAAAGGAUUUGGUUAGGACGCCAAAGCCAGAGGCCCAACUGCGAGCAACUCAUAUCCUGGCCCCCAUCUUUUCGGAGCUACUGAUGAAGCAUUUCUCGGACCCUCAAGAUUUAGAGAAUCUACUGGAGCUACCGCAGCACUUUUACUUAAAAUACUACUUGCAGACGGAGAACGUAGAGCAGCUGGAACUGUUGCUCCGGCAGAUCAAGGCCAUUAUGCAUAAACAAAGCAACAGCUUGGUACUGCGGAUGGCAGCCCUUACUCUGGUGAAUCUCAAAGACAUACCGCGCACUAAGCCGCAUAUUCGGGAGCUGCUUCACACUGCAGUGUAUAACUACAAGAUUGCCCUUCGCACAUGGCAGCGGAUGUACGGAACUCCCAGCCUGUCGUCGUCCUCACAGUCAUCAUCCCAGGCUUCGUCCCGAGCUUCGUCCCGAGGUUCGUCCCGGUCCUCGUCACGACUUUCGUCCCCGCUAAUGGGGGGACGUCAAAGUCGCCCUAGGAAUCGAGCACGCAGCCUGCUGGACUCGCUGCUCUUGAUCGCGGCUCUAUAUAGAUACUUUGAUCUCAGUAGAUUUCAUUUGACGGAGUCGGUUCUCUCCAGUCUGAAGCGUGUGCACAGGGAUCAGGAUAAGAGACCGAGGAGGACCGACCUGCCGGCAAAGGCCGUGUCGCAGUAUCUGCAGGUGUGCUAUUAUAGUCUCCACUGGGAUUUGCUUAGCGUAAAGAAGGAGGAUAAUAAUCGCAGCGAUCUGGAGUUGGAGGAGUCUUGUGCUUCCCUAAAAAAGCAUCUAGAGGACUAUCUUUCUGUGGCUUUACACCUGGUUGACAAGGGAGAAGAAGGCCUGGCCUUCGAUAGUUUUGGUGGCAUCUGCGAUCUGUUUGUACUAUUUGGAGAUCCACUGAUGCAGAAUCCAAGAUCGUGUGUACGCUCUAUCCGAUACGAGCCUUCGAUCAGAGAGUUUGAAUUGCUGGAGACUUUUACCCUGAACCACCUCUUCUCAGGAAGGCAGCCCGAGAACCUGGCCAAGGAGUCCUCGUUCGACGAGCUCCAGCGUCAGCGUUUCAUUCUCACGGGCUACUGCAAGCUGUUGGCUUUUAAUGUGAUUCCAACUAUGCGAGCCUGCAAGGUCUUGCAGUAUUACGACAAGUACUAUGCCGUUUUCGGCGACAUCAUGCGUGCUGCCAUGGAGCGGGCAAUGGAGAUCAAUCCGGUCAACUACGGGAUGACCAUGCUGCACACCUGUCUGCUGCCAUUCAAGCAAAUGAUGAUGGAUGUCAACCAUGACGGCGUCAGGGCCGUGAGCACUCUGGAGUUCCGUCAGCUCCUAAGCUUGGCUCGCCGUCUAGGAGAGAACUAUAACACCGAUCUCCUGAAGAACCGACACAGUGUCAAUGCCCUGCACAGAGCUGGUAUCCUGUAUGUUUUGGAGUCGGUGUCCGACGUUGCGGGAAUAGGCGCUCCCAAAAAUGUACUUUUCCUCAAGGUCCUGAAGGAGUUUGUACCGCAACUCCUAAAUCAGGACAGGGUCUGUGUGGCCAAGUUCCUGCAGCGCAUCGAGCAGCCUUCCCUGCCGUCGGUCGACAGGGAGGAGUGGCAGCCACUGGUGGACUACCGUUCCGCUUUGGCUACCAAGAACUAGAAUUUCUUGUUGCGAUUGCUGAGAUUCCUGAACACCUCAAACUACAUUUAUAUAUUAAUAAUGAUUUAUGGAUAUGUUUUCACCAUCCAAACGAUUUAAUAAAGCACAAAUUUGGGUUAUAUUGGGACA